AUGGCCGUAGAACUGAAUGAGCAAGUGCUGGUUCUUUCGCUCGGAUCUUCAGGUCUCUGCGUGGUGAUUUGCGCGGCUGUUUGCUGCUGUCGGGACUUUGUCCGCCGCAGCCGCUUGCGAGAACUUGCCGCGGAGCCGGCUGAGGACAGGGAGGAGCCGGAGCAAGGCCUGGCUCGGGUCCUGAUCACAGGCUACCAAGCGCCCAUCCGCCGCCUUGACCCCUUUGCUUUCCGCAAGACGAAACUGAGAGGGAACAAUGCGCAGGCCAACUACGAAAAGGUGACGUCAGCUGGAGAAGACCAGAUGGAUCGCCUGGUUCGCGCCUACGGCUCCCUGGCUGCGGAGAUUGAUCCAGAGGAUCGGCUGAAGCUGCUGGUCCCCAGCACCAGGAGGAAGGAGUCGGCACAGGCUGCUAUUGAGAAAGGUGCUCGAAUUUUAGAGGUAGAGUCCGGGGAAGCUCCUUCCCGCCAGCCGGAGUCCAAGAAAUCCUUGCCCAGGCUUCCCCAGCAGUCGAGGGUCCGGGCUGAUGAAAGCAAAGAGCAGGCCGCGCAGGCCCCACGGACGCCCGCAGUUUCAGCUCCUCGGCAAAGCAAGCCGGAGGGUCGGAUCCCACCACAAGUGCUGGGCAGACCUGGGGAGGUUGCCGGAGCAUCGGGAAAGCCCCUGGAUGCAUCCGUUUCGGAGAUGCUUCUGCAGCACAUCGAGCUGCCUGCCCCUUCGCCCCCAGCUACUCCAGCUCCUCCGGCCCCAGCCCCCGUGGCCGCCGCGGCUCCACCCACAGCUCCCGAUGCCGCAGCCGCUGCGUCCUUGGAAGCUCUGCAGAUCCCACCCGCUCCCUCAGAGGGCAACGAACCCAGCGAGUCACGUGAGCGGGAGGACAAGUUUGAGGCGCUGGAUGCGGAACUGAACGAGCAGCUGAACCAGUCAGUUUGCCUGGCGCUGGACACCAAAGCGCUGCACAAGUCAGUUGCUGGCCUGCCCAGAAGUGGCCAAGGAAGCCGAACGAAGAUGAAGGCCAAAGGUCGCAGCAAAAGCGCUGCAUCGCCAGAGGCGACCUGA